GUGUUCCUUGUUACGUGCCAGCCUUCCCAGUGAGUGCAAUUUCCUUGUUACGUGCUAGCUGCACCUCCUGAUCCGUCCAAGCAAAAACAACUGACUCUGUCCAUGCGUAGCUGCAUGCGCUUUGUGUGCUUGUCUGAACAGCUCGCUCGUUAACCUUUGCCGCGUUAAGAAGCUACGUCGAGCUCAUGCAUAACCACCUCAACAAACUGAUGGAUCGAUGCAUCGCAUGCCUACUCCCUAGCUCCAAAGGAAGCUCGAUCGAUCUAGCUGCGAUGUCCCCGGCACGUACGAGAAACGGAAUCUGUUUGGUGAAACAGGGCGCCGAUCGUGACUAGUGCCCAGCUCGUUCGUUCUUGCCAUCCAUUUCUUCAUCUGCUUCCUCCUGACAUCUCUUCUCACUCGUCGGAGUUGUCAUUUCUUUCUGGGGAUGGAUUGCGACCCGCUUCGUUCCCGAUCCAAAUCCAGAUAAGCUUCAGGGGGGGUAUCCGCGUCAUUUCACACCAACCCAACGUUCUUGCUCAGUUGCUCUGCCUCUAUAUAAGAUCACCACUAAUCACCAUUUCGUGCUCUCGCUUCUUGGCUCCCUUAAUAAUUUAUCAGUCCUAUAAUUUAUUUAUUUUCCGCCUUCUUCUUGACUUAGUACUCCGCUCCGCUCGCUCUUCUUUCCCGACUGUUCCCGAGCCUCGCAAGUCAGAAAUCGGAUUGCUUGCCAGAAUAAGAUUCCGCGCAAGUUCGGAUUGACCAAUCGGGGAUACUCCGGUCUUCUCCCCCGAUUCCCUUGCGGCCCGCGAUCGCGCGCGACGGGAUUUCGUCCUGGGUUUCAGCCGAUUCGGGCCUCCGGGCAUGGAGCGCCGCGGGUUGCUCAGGGCGGCUCUUUUGCUCUGUUUACUUGCUGUUUGCUCCGGGAGAGAACUUACGAGUAAACAUAAUCCCUCCACUACCAUAUACAACUCCACUCUUGCCAAGAUACUUGUGGAGUAUGCUGCAGCAAUCUAUACUGCUGAUUUGACACAAUUGUUUACUUGGACAUGUGCUAGAUGCGGUGACUUGAUCAAGGGGUUCGAGAUGAUAGAGAUUGUUGUAGAUGUUGAGAACUGCUUGGAGGCAUAUGUUGGUUAUGCUAGUGAUAUCAAUGCUACCAUUGUUGUGUUUAGAGGAACUCAAGAGAACAGGUAUGGAUCCAUAACAUUGGACUAGGAACCCUAAUGUACUCUGUGGAGAAGAUCUGCGAUGAUUCUGGCGAAGACCCAACAUGCAGCAGGUCGGUAACUGGAACCAGCGUGCGAGACCAUAUAUACUAUCUCGGCGUCAGCAUGCAUGCAGAAGACUGGAGCAGCUGCAGAAUCGUCAUGGACUACAGCAAAUUGCAGUAUCAGAUGGACCUCAAAGGUAAUGUCGUAUUGUCGAAGCAACCUGGUUUGUCGAUUGAUAGAGGAUUCAGUGCCCAGUGAACCAGUAUAUGAUGUGUAUAGUACGAUAGUAUCACGAAUCAGGAAUGUGCAGAGCUAGCACUGUACAGAUGUUUCCUCUCAUCUCCCUCGUGAUGCUUGCUGUUGAAUUAUUCCUGCACCAAACAGGAGGGUGGAAGGAGCAUGCAGAUUUGGAGAUGCUUGCUGUAAAUGUGAUUUCGUAACAUACUGUUCACUUUGCAAAUAUGUGUGCCGAUAUUUGACAAAUGCACAUGAAAAUCAAUAAUUCAUCCAAUCAUCCAA